AUGAUCUCCUGGAUCCGAACUCUCGGGGCAUUGCUCCUGCUGGCCUCCGUGGCCCAAGCCCAAUUCCAGUUCUUUGAGCAUAUGUUUGGCAACGGUGGACAUCAGCAGCAAAGGUCGCAGAACGUCCCUAGUGACAGUGCACGCUACCAGAGCAUGUGGGACUCUGCGCAAUGCGACAAAUACCUCUGUCCUGGAACCCUUGCAUGUGUUCAUUUCCCGCAUCACUGCCCCUGUCCACACCCCGAUGUCGAAGAGAAAGUCGAGCUUGGUGAAGGAAGCGCCGUCUGCGUUUCGCGGGGAGGAUACCGCCAAGGUGAAGCGUCGCGAAAGAUCGAACUGGCGCGUAAGGGACUUCUGUGA